GGGCUCGCUCCCGUCGCGCGGUGAUUAUCUUCCUGCAUUGGACCUUGGGUGGAAGAUCCCGCUGGGUUUCCUCAGUCGUGGAGAAGCCGGCUCCGCCUCGCCUAUGUCUCGUCUCUUUCUCUUUGCUCUCAUGUGCCUGACUCAGUUAUGCCUGCUCUCGGACUUUCGUUCAACAUCGUUGGCCUUACACCUCUGCUCGCUCACUCGUCACAAAUCCAAGCAUUUUUCCUCGUUAUCUCCAUUUGGUGAUAUUAUAUUUUCGACAUCCGGCAACGGCCUACUCUCUAUUGUCUGCUAUGCUACGAUGGAGCGCAACUCAGCAAUGUCGGCCUCCAGCAUACCAUUCCAUUUUCAAACACCCCCUGCUGGUCUAAACAGCGCUCAGCUAGGAUUUCCCUGCGGCACACCGGAGGUCGACCGGUAUAUCGAUAACCAAAUAUAUUAUGAAUGUGAACGACCACCAGAUUGUCCUGUCCCCUUCCUCAUUGCUCUAUCCCGCGACUCCUCAUGGCAUCAUUGUUCUGUUAUUGAUAUUGUACAGGACGAUCUUGCCUCACGAGUGGCCAGAUUCCAGCAGGCGUAUUUCCAAAAGGUCGACACAAUCGUUAUUAGCUGGCUUCUUUCUACGCCGCCAUGCAAAAUAGCACGACUUUCCGGACUGUUAUCUCUACUCGUCUGUGGAGCGUCCUUGGAGUGUGCACAUUGUAUCCGAUGAAGACACUAUUCUAUGUGUCAUGGUGGCACAUUGGCGGAGUCUUUUACAUCUCAAGAGGCAGUCUUCAUAUGACUGUGUUUGUUAAGACACUCACCCUUCAGGGUCCACGGGCCCCUUGUGUACAGAGGAUAUAUCCCGUCUGAAGCAUGCGGAUGUGUCACAGACCAUUGAGUAUCACACGAUGCGUUAUUCUCCGCCGACGAGGAGUGUUAUCCGAUCGAUUGAAGUGCAUAGCGGACGGAACGAUGAAAGAAGCGCGGAUUGCAGGCCUCACGGGUGAACGGUGAGGCAAAUUCUACAGGCUGCCUUUCACAAUCGGUAUAGACACGUCUCUAAGUUACUGACCGGUCUGCAAUGCGAA